CCCCUUCCUAUCAAGGAGGCUAAAUGUGGCUCUUGGAAAGCUCCCACUCGCGGCUCCAAAUGUUUUCCAUAUUUGUUCAGCCUCCUCUUCGCUUCCAAAUACCAGGAACCAGCCAGGCAGCCGCACAAAGGAAGGCUUCAGCGGGUGGGGGUCCUUACAGAAAAGAAGAGAGAGAGAGAGAGAGAAGUUGCUCAACAUGGGCAAAGAGAAGAAGCCAGCCCAGCAGCAGCAGCAGGAGGCAGAGCCCAGCAACAAGGAGCAAGCCGCCGCGAUGCAAAAGAAGGGAGCCCAACGCGAGCCCAAAGCGGGGCAGGAGGAGGACGUCCACACGUGCUGUGGCUGCCGUUUCCCGUUGCUGCUGGCCUCCUUGCAGCUGGCUCUGGGCGCCUCUGUGACCGUGCUGGGCUUCCUUAUGGCAGGCAUCAGCGCCUCUCUGCUAGUCAGAGACACUCCAUAUUGGGCGGGCAUCAUUGUCUGUGUAGUGGCUUUGCUGGGUCUCGUGAUGCUUUGUAUUUCUUACCAACCGGAUGAGAAGACCUGCAUUCAGUUUGCCAUCAAGGUUGCAUACUUCCUGCUGAGUGCUUUGAGUCUGAUCGUUUGUGUUUUGGCGGUGGCAUUUGCUGCCUACCGUUAUUUGCAGAUCACACAAUUCACCUGCGAAUCCGUCCCUGAGAUCUGUCAGUGCAAACUGGAUACCGUGGAUCCCCUCAGCAGGACCUUUCUUUUCCAGAAUGUUUUGGACUGUGCCGAUAUCACAAGUACUUUCAGUCUUUAUUUGCUGAUCCAGAUAGGGCUUAACCUCCUGGCUGCCAUUGUGGGCUUUGCAGCAUGUUUCGUGAUGUGGAAAGACAGGUACCAGGUCUUUUACGUAGGAAUCCGGUUCCAUUCAUUCUCUUCUCCUGGAGGGCAACAGCAGAAAGUAUAAAGGCUUGAUGCGUGGAAUUGAGAAAAGCAAUAGUAUAUUGACCUAUCACCACCAAAUAGAUGACUGUUUAUACAAUCGGAGUGUGGAAGGGAGGAACAAUGUUUAAUGGAUAUUGUGGUUCAGAUAAAGUAAGGUAAAUGCAUUAUUAAUUUUUUAAAAGAUGACUAUUGCCCAGCCCCUAGAUAAGUGAUUCUAUAUUUCUAGGUGGAUUAGGAAUUGCAGGGCUUACUGAGCUACGCAUUGAAAAGACACACUGAGAUGUGGAUGCCACUGUGUGACUUUCAUUGUGUAUUUCCACCAAUACUGUAAUGUAGAUAGGAGUGGGUGUUUGCCUUUUUAAGGUGCAGCUAAAAGGAAAUUGGGAUGACAUAUUUUAACUACUAUUUACAUAUUCAGUAGCUGUAGUUCGAAGGAGUAAGUAUUACCUACAUGUUGUGUAACAUGUGGACCAAGGGAAACUACCCCAGAUUUAAGUGCAAAAAAAGCUUAGACCCA